CGCGCCGUUAGCCGCUCAUGGCGCUGAGCGCUGUAAACACGAAGCUGACCGGAGGAGAAACGAGGGGAGAUUCCGGGUUAUAAUGCACUCCGAGAAGAAAAUAACGAAAGAAGACACAUGGAGAUCCUAUGAGUUAAUGAAGCACAUACAGGGGCAGGAUGAGGAGAACAGGAGGAGAGAACGAUCGAAGAGGGAAGAAACUCACAGGAAACAGAGGAGUGGAGAGUCCACAGACCGCAGACACAGAGACGGAGAGAGAGACGAGAGGAGAGAGAGAGAGAAACAGAGAGAGAGAGACAGCACGAGAGAGAGAGCAAAGCACAGAGAGCCAGAGCGGGACAGAGAGGAGGAGAGAAGGAGGGACGAACGAGAGAGGAGAAAAGAGAGAGAUGAAGAGAGAGAUGGAGGGAAAAGAGGCUCGGAGAGGAGGGCUGAUCGAGAUGAGAAAGAGAACAGAGACAGAGAGAAGGAGAGACAGAGAGAGAGAUACAAAGACAGAGAUAGAGAGGGAGAGGGAGACUUGGGGAGAUACAGAGAGAAAGAGAGAGAGAGACUUAGAGAUAGAGAUAAAGAUAGAGACAGAGACAGGGAAGAGAGGGAUAGACUGAAAAACAGGGAAAGAGAAAAAGACAGAGAGAGGGAGAAAGAGAGGUACAGGGAAAAAGAGGGAGAGAGGGAGAAAGACAGAGAGAGAGAGAAACAUAAAGAGAAAGAAAGGGAUAAAGAUAGAGAGAGGGAGAGAAGGAGGGCAGAGAGGGAGAAGGAAAGAAGAAAAGAGAAGGAGGGGAGUAGAGAUGUGGAGGAAAAGCACAGGGAGAAAGAUAAAGAGCGAGAGAGGGAGAGGAGAGAGAGGCACAGGGAGAGGGAGGAACGCCACAGAGAUGAAGAACAAGAACGGAGAGAACGAGAAAGGCGAGAGAAACACGGCCACAGAGAGAACUCCGGACAUGCGGACCGAGAGGAAAGAAGGGAGCGGAGACGAAGAGAGAAAGAACACUAUGAAGCUGGUGAGAGAGACCUCAACGACGCUCGGGAAACAGAGCAACAGCAACGACACCGUGAGGGUGAAAGAGAGAGAGAAAGAACGAGAGAUAGAGAGGAGAGAGAUAAACGGAGAGAAAAGAGGCACGAAGGGUCGAAGAAGAGCAGCACCGAUCAAAGACAUGAAAAAUCAGAGAGCAAGCACAGGAGCACUGAGCAAGAGCAGGUGGAGGACGAAGUCAUUGAGGAUGGUAAUGAGGCAGCUGAGGAUUACGGGAAUGACGACUACGAGGAGGAUUUUGAGGACUAUGAGGAAGACUUUGAGGAGAUGGAGGAGGAGGAAGAAGAAGACAAAGGAGGAGAGGAGGAUGAAAACGAAGAGAGAGAGGGACAGAGGGAGCUGAGCCCACGGAGGAGAGAAGAGAUUGAGGCCAUCCAGAGAGCGAUGCAGCAGGAGAACGAGCUGGUCAGCUCCGCCCACUCGCGACCCUCAACCAGAAAGGCUGAACCAACUCAGAAAGUGAGUGCUGACUCAGAGAGCCGCUCGAAGAAAGGCCGAACCCACGGCAGGGUUAUUGACUUUGCAGCAGCGAGGCAGAGAGAGGUCAACCAGCAGGCUGCUGACAAACAGAAGAAACGCAGCGCAGAGCUCCUGCGGUUGAUUGAUCUGGAUUUUUCUGUCACCGAGUGUCUUCUGGACCUGCCGCCGGUCAGCGAGUACGACAUGUACAUCAAGAGCUUCGGAAUGGCGAACACAAAACAGGCCUAUGUGCAGUGUAAUGAAGACAACACUGACAGAGACACUCAGACAGAGGAGACGGACAACAUGGACAAAUGGACUCAACAUCCACCAGAGACCAACAUCGCGUGUGGGGGCCCCAAGGUUUCCCAGAAUGCUUCAGAUGAGUCUCUGGUCCGGAUGAGCGUUGACUCAAAGCGCCUCACCACAUUUCUGCGCUCUGCUGCACAGGUGGUGGCAGUGCUGUUGGAGGAGAACAGGGCUGAGAGCAAAUCUGUGAAAAAGCUGCACUCUCAAACAGACUCGCUCUCUUUCAGCGAUGGCUGCCUUCAUCUAAACACCAAACUCCCAUUUCUCCAUGGUCGGCAGGUGACGUUGCUGCAUUUCUCUCAGGUGCAGACACACACCUUGCUCUCCAUUCACGCCCCGUGCUCCGGAUCGAAUGGUGUGAUGCUUGAUAGUAAAACGUUAAUCUGUGUGUGGAACAUCUGGGAGCCCUCGGCACCCCAGAGCAUUCUCUCCUACGAGGCUGAGGUGCGCUGCUGCUGUUUCAGUCCUGGUAAGGCCACGCUGGUGUUUGCUGGAACAGCUGUGGGUUCGGUCGUGCUGUGGGAUCUUCGAGAGCAUUCUGGCUCUCACACGUCCCUCAGAGUGGACGGGGAGGAGUGGACACUGCGCCACCCAACGUUCUCCACCGAUGCUGUGCUAUCAGGAGCAGGACAUUUCCGCUCUGUGGUGUCGGUCGAGCCCGUUCUGGUCAAUGUGGAGCCGGGGAUUAGGGGUCCACUGCUUGCGGACCAAGAAGAGUCUUUAGGGCUCUCGUUCCAGUUGGGAUCGCUGGAUGAAAAUGGCCUCUUGAAUCUUUGGGUUGUAAUUGAGUUGUCCAAAGCUGAUGACUCUGGAUCCCAGACAGACCUCGGUCUGCACCCAGGUGGGAAAGUGAAGCUCCUCCACAGUUCCUCUAUACAGACGUCAGAAAAGGCCACUCCUCGAGAGGCCACUGGGGUCACGCCUCCCCUGAGUCUCCUGCUGAAGUUCCUCCCCUCAGACUCCAACCACUACUUCAUCGGCACCAGCAUGGGUUUGGUCAGGCGAGGCACCAGGCACGGGCUGAGAGCCGUCCCAAAGCUCUACAUGUCUGAGGACGGUGAGAGACCAGCAGAGGUCACUGCUUUGGACUUCUGCCCAACUGGAGAGCCCUUCUUUCUGGUGGGCUGCAGUGACGGGUCGCUCCGGCUCCACUCAGUUCUGCAUGAGGACCCGGUGUUGGAGUGGUCCACGAGUUCUGGAGAUGUUCCGGUUCUGUCUGUGCAGUGGUCCAAAACCCGGCCCUCUGUCUUCUGUGUUCUGGACGCUGCUUCUGUCCUGCACAUCUGGGACCUCACAGAGAAAGAUUCCUCUCCAGUCAUGACAGAGAGCUUUACCACUGACCGUGUGAUGGCCAUGGCGGUGUUCGGUGAGGCUGCCAGGCAGAACCGUUACUCUGGUGUGGCUCUGGCCAAGCAGUCCGGCAGGCUGGAGAUCCACUUCCUGAAGCAAUCUCUCACAGUUCCUCAGCCCUCAGACAGGGAGAAGCUCCACCUGCUGGCACAGGACAACCUCUGAGAGCCGGAGGAGAGAAACUACAGCACAUACGGUCCUGGAGGACUGUUCAGCACACCUGCUCAAACACCUGCUCUGACACUGCUGGUCAUUAACUGCCCAAUCAGGUGUGUUUGAGCAGGAAAAUCACCAAACUGUGCUGGACUGGAACUGAUGGCUGUUGCACUAUAUUGUCCGGCAACAGUGAAAUUAAGAACAACCUUUUUUGUCCAGCCAGAUGUGUUAGAUAUGUAAGUGUGGCUGCAGUGAUAUAGAGGGGCCAAUAUUAGUUUCAUUAAUAUACAGUCGUAUGCGAAAGUUUGAACACCCCUGGUCAGAUGACAUGUUUUGUUGAUUUUCUAAGUUCACACGUCUUCUGUAGAAACAUCACAUUUGAAUACACAGUCACUGAAUUUAACAUACUUGGCAUGAAAUUAAAAACAAAAAAUGUGGCGUGUGCAAAAGUUAUGACACACUGAUAUUUUAUGGUGUGUUUGCAAUUUAUCAAAGUAAAAGCACUAAAAUUUGCGGAAAAAGACCAUAUUUAAGUGUGUUCUCUGUAGAGGGUGCGCUAACUUGUUCUCACUUUUAAAAAAUUACAGAAUGUGUCAUUUGACCAGCAGUGUUUACAUUUUUGCAUGCGACUGUACCUACAACACAUUUGACUGGAGUGAUCAUGUACCUGAGCUCUGACAGGACCACCUGCAUGGAACGUACACCGAACAGGCAUAACAUUCUGACC